UUGUGUGAUCAUUGGUGAGUAAUUCAUAGGUAGGGGGUCGUGUGUUGAACUACACUUUUGUUAUUGCAUUGGCCAUGAAAAAUAGGCUGACAGUCUUUGUCAUAUAAUGGCCCGUUCAUUGACGUCUCAGGUCCUGUUGUGGCAGAUAAGCUUACUGGUUUAACUCGCUGAUGUAAAUGAGCACGAGAAUUGAUCCCUGCAAUCACAAAUAGAUGAGUACACAUCAGUGAGUUCACACACCCACUCACAAAAACACACUCCUGCCUCCUCACCCACUCCCUACCAACCCUUCUGACCCGUCCCUCGCCACCUUGCAGACCACUAAUGACAUGUUGUGUUGCAGCUAUCGCCGUCCGCUUCCUGACACGGCGCUACAUCGGCGAGUACAACUCCGAUACCGAAAUGAUGUAUCAACACGAGACCAUGGUGGACCACGAGGCUGCACGUCUCCAGUUGUUAGACGCAGCCACAGCACAGACUCCACACCAGAUUCUUCGUCACCUAGCCUGGGCUGAUGCCUUUAUUGUGGUUUAUGAUGUCACCAGCCGCACCUCCUUCGUCCACGCCAGACAGCUGCUGCACAUUCUUCACACUCACAUUCCUGCUGUAUCAUAUACUCAUGCUGCAGGAGACAAUGAUGCAAAUACUGCAAACGCCCUUGACAUAAACCCCCAAAGUACUCAUGACAUACAGCUCAGGAGUGGCAGUAACGAAUGCCCUGUAAGUGCACACAUCCCAUACGUUCUGCAGAGCCAUGACACAAGUGCUCCAGAUUCUCAUGGCACACAUACAGUGAAUAGCCCUAAUACUCAGAGUUCCUAUAAGCAAAGCACAGUCAGUCGAUGUGAUCUGAAUACACACUUCUUGAGUAGUCACGACAUUCACAUCAAAGAUGGUCAAGACUCAUGUGUCCAAGGUGACAAUAAUACUCCCGUCUGGAGUAACCAUGAUGUUUUUAAGAGUAAUGCUAAAAGGUUUCACCAAAGUAAUCACACACAUCUAAACUACAGCCACCUUCCAUGCCAGUCCUCUACAGCUAGCCACACUGGAUCUAGUUGUAGGUACUGCAGUGCUAGAAGCUCCUCUAUGGUCAUAAAUGCAGAAGAGUCAUCUCGGGACAUCCAUCAACCGUACUGUAGAGCUCUGAACUAUAUUCCUCACACUGGCACUAGUAGCCAGUCCGUUAGCCAUUCCAGUCAUCACCCAAAUAAUUACUCUCUCUCUAUCAACAAUCGACAAGUCGACAGUCAUUGCCAUAAUUCAAAUAUGCAUGGUCUUCAUAUCUACAGGCACCAGUAUCAAGGCAACCCUAGAUAUGCUAGCAAACAAAAUAAGAUGACAGACAAACAUAUCAAUCAUAAUUACAUCAACCAUCAACAUAACUCUCGUGAGCAGUUCCCCACCACAUAUGACUGCGUCAUUUGUCAUGAUCCAAUUGGCAGCCAAAAUUUCAUUAAUCCUGCUGGAUUAAAUUUACUUCACUCUAGAGUGUUAGAUGCAGACACGCCAUCAGAUCACAGUGAUACCGGUAUAAAAAAUCUUAAAAAACAGGUUCAUUUAUCAAAGACAAGUUUUCUAAAACAAAGCGAAUGUAUGAAUCGAAGCGUCACAUACGUCAAUGAAUUUCCUGUACAAUCAUGCCAUAGGGACCCCCGCUCGAAUCAUGGCCAACAAAGAAUUCAUUGCCUACAUCAUACCCAACAAAGAAGACACAGUCACAGACAAAACCACCUGAGACAUGACAUCCCAAGUUACAGUUAUCAGAGAGGCUACAACUCGAAUCAUAAUUAUUCAGCAAGUAACAGUUUUGACUCUAGUCACCAAAGAGACUGUAACCAAGAUCAUAGUCACCCCCCAAGAAGUCAUAGCCCAGACUACAGUCACGUGAGAGGUCAAGACAAGGAUCAAAGUCACUUACAGCACAGCCCCAACAAUAAUCACAAAAGUCACGGCGCUGACCGUAACCACCUGAAAAGCUACAGCUCUGACCAUAGCCCCCCAAAAGACCACAACCCUGACCAUAAUCAUUCCAGAGGAUACAACCCCAAACACAGUCGUGUGAAAGACCACAACCUCGACCAUAGUUACGCAAGAGAUUCCAACCCUGGCCACAGUGACCAGCGAGAUGACAGCCGUGAUCAUAGUGAUGCGAGAGAUUCCAGCCCUGAGCCGUCUUUUCAGAGAGAGGACAGCCCUGAUAAUUAUUACUCCAAAGACGACAGCCCCGACCAUAAACACCUGAGAGGUCACACCACAUUGCUCCUGGGUAAUAAACGAGACCUGGAGCAUUUUAGGUGUGUGUUUACUGAUGAAGGUGAGGCUUUGUCACUAGAGUUCAGUUGUCAGUUCUACGAAGUAUCUGCGGCGGACUCCAUGCUGGGAGUACAUCUAGCAUUCCACUCUCUGCUGAAGGAAGCUCGAGCACUCCAGUUCAUCAGGAGACUUCCACAACCCAGUCCCAAGGUCUCUAAGAGUGUGCUACUCUCCUCUGCAGUAUCGAAAGUCAUUGGGAAUUUCUUCACUAGGACAGGGGCAGUUCCAAACAAAGGUAGUCAAAUAUUUGACAAGCUUGCACAAAAAUGUUGAUAUGCUAUUCAAUACUUGUGUGCUAUUAUAAAUAAUUUUAAAUAUCUUGUAUAUUGUUGCAACGUGUAUUCAAUUAUAACCUUUACUACCAAUAUUAUGAAUUUACUAAAAGUAGUGUUGUAACUAAUACAAAUUUAGUAGGUUCUUUAUUCCUGAAUUAUUUAAUUUAAAUAAAGUACUGAAAAAGAACUGGACAUUAUCAUUUUCACUGGGACGUGCUAAACCCAUAAGAGCCUGGGUAACGAGAAGGAUGGAGUGGGGGUAACCAAGUUUGAUUCAAGGAAAGGGAGGGUGGCUCCAAUUCCUUGGUUCAAGAGCCAUUCACCAGCAUCAAUACAUCCUCUUGAUUAUUAUUAUAAUAAAAAAGAAGCGCUAAGCCACAAGGGCUAUACAGCGCUGCAGGGUAGGGAAGGAAG